AUGAAUAAUUACUUCUUCAAAGAUCCAACACCCUUUGGAAGAGAGUUUUUGGUUGAAAAAUUCAACAAGGAGUUCAAUGUAAAUAUAAACUAUCGUUUUUUCAAAAAAAACCUUGAUCAACUGAAAAGAAAGUACAAGAAGUACAAGCAACUUAUGCAAAAUUCUACGGGAAUUUCAGUUGACCCUGUGACAUCCGUCAUAUCUGCGUCUAAUUCUUGGUGGAAAGAUCGCGAAUCUCAAUACUCUGUGCACCAAAGACGAGAAGAGUUAAUGAAUGAAGGCAUAAAUGAUGAUGAAACUCAAGUUUCUAAGACACAAAAAAAUGAAGAGGUUCCUGCCUCAAUAGUUCAACAACAAGGUGGAUUAAGACGUGGAAGUAGUUCACAAAGAGGGGCAGGAACCUCACAAAUCUCUAUUGGGAGUGGUUCAAGAGGAAAUCGCAGAAAACAGUCAUUUGAGUCAACUCUAACAGAUACAAUGAAUGGGUUCAGAGAGUUUCAGCGCCAAAGUUUAGAACAAUUACGUCCAAAUAUUUUCGACCAAGAUGAUUAUGAAGAACUGCGUCAAAUACCUCAACGACAGCAAAUGGAUCGUAGAUAUUGGCCAUAUUUUAGUGGAUUUAUUGGAGUUAUGGAUGGACUUCAUGAUCAUCUCAAGACAGCCUUGACAAAGAGUGGAUCAGAUGGAUUUCUUCAUGCUGAGACAAAGGUCUACGAAACGUUACUGGAUACCUACAAGGCAACUGAUGAUUCAGAACGUUUUGAGGAAUUGGAUAAGUCUGUCAAGGAGGUAUGCACAGUAGAGGAGGAAGUCAGUGGCAGCCCGAUGACUCACCAUGCUGUUGACCCUGUCAAUGCGGCUGAUGACGACUGGUCAGAGUUAAAAGCUCCCAAGGUUGAGCUCAAACCGCUACCCUCAUGA